UUCUCCUCCCCCUCUUUCAGGCCUUGAAAUCUUGCUACCCUUUUCAAUUUUCCACAUUCCUUUCUCUCCACGCUGCACCCUUGUUUGUUUCUCAACCAAAGGAAGAAAGGAAGGAAGAGAAACCAUCAACCAUGUCGAACUCGGCGUCGGGAAUGGCCGUGUGUGACGAAUGCAAACUCAAGUUCCUGGAACUUAAGGCCAAGAGGAGCUUCCGUUUCAUCGUGUUCAAGAUCAACGAAAAGGUGCAGCAGGUGGUGGUCGACAGGUUGGGGGAACCGGGCGAGAGCUACGAUGAUUUCAGUGCCUGCUUGCCCGCUGAUGAGUGCCGCUACGCGGUGUUUGAUUUUGACUUUGUCACUGAUGAGAACUGCCAGAAGAGCAAGAUCUUCUUCAUCUCUUGGUCCCCAGACACAUCAAGGGUGAGGAGCAAGAUGCUGUACGCGAGCUCCAAGGACCGGUUCAAGAGGGAGCUGGACGGCAUCCAGGUGGAGCUACAAGCAACUGACCCGAGCGAAAUGAGCAUGGACAUCAUAAAGUCGCGAGCCCUCUGAAACAGCCCGGACACUGCACCCUCCAGGAGCAGCAAAAGGCGUUAAUUUGCAUGAGCUCCUGCCCUUGCGAUUCCUUCUGUUGGUGACGGGUCAUCCGUUUUCGUGUCAUUGUUUUCCUGGAAGCAAAGUGUUGCAUUCUGUAUGAGACUGUAUGCCGUUUCCCUUUUCCCCUCUCUGCCGUAGUCCUGCUACUGCUGUAAACUAGAACGUAUUUGUGUUUCAAGACUUGGGUAUGUUAUCUCGUGGCACUGUCGAGUCAUUCAUGUGUCUAUGCAGUGCAAGUUGUGAUUUGUGGUGAAGCUGAUGUAACGUAGUUAAUCACAGAA